CACAACCACACCCACAACCACAACUACAACCCCAACCACAACUACAACUCCAACCACUACCACAACCACACCCACAACCACAACUACAACUCCAACCACAACCCCACCCCCAACCAUGGCUCCUCUCAGCAAACUUCCUAUGCAAUUCUCUUUUCUUGUGGACCCCCCUGCUCCGUCAUGUCAGGAGGGAGCUUUCCUGCCCAAGUUUCUGCCCCCAACACCUGCAAAUGGAGAUCGUUUCCUAGCAGAGGUCAACAAGGAAUUGGAAAUCAGAGUCAAAGCGCAGGCCACAGAUGCAAAAAUAAAUAAUAUCGUCGUCAGUGGGCCGGCGAAUAUCAGAAAGCACCAGAACACACAAGGAGAGUUUGUCCUCAGGUGGACGCCGCUCCCAGAUGACCACGGACAACAUUUCGUGAUCUGCUUUGCUGUUGAAGCCGUCAAAUCGCCUGCCGUCUAUCAGUCCGAGAUGAGGUGUGUUGUUGUGGAAGCCAGGAGUGAAAUAGUUAAAUCCCAUGUGAUCUGCAACGAGUCCUCAAUGACAGUAUCGGUUGAGAAAGCCUCAUUCCCUCGACUCCAUGAGGAUCAUAUGCAGCUCAAUGAUCCCUCCAACACGGCCUGCAGCCUCCAGAGACACUCCAACAGCACUCACAUCAUCGCCAUCAUCCCCCUCAACGCCUGCGGCACUCAGAUCGAGGAAGACAAUGAGAACCUCAUCUUCAAGAACGAAAUCACCACGGUGGACAACCCCAGUGACCUGAUCACCAGGAAGCACCAGAUGGAGGUGCAGUUCUACUGCCAGUACCCAAAACAAGGAAACGUGUCAUUGAGCUUCGUGGCACACAGGAAGAACAUCACUGUGUGGGAGAAGGGCUUCGGCACGUUCACCUACCAGUUUGAGUUCUACCCUAACAACCAGUUCCAAACCAUGAUGGAUCCAGCAGCAUAUCCUCUGGAGUACGACAUUGGGAACAGGAUUUACAUGAAGAUCAAGGCCACCUCCUCGGUCAACAACACCGAGCUGUUUGUGGAGUCCUGCCGAGCUGCACCAUACGACAACCCCAACUACCAACCGACCUACUCCAUCUUUGAAAAUGGGUGUAAAAUGGAUCCAACUGUUCAGAUCCACUCCCCCGCUGAACAGAAAGAAUUCAAGUUCAGCAUGGAGGCCUUCAAGUUCAUCGGACUGAACAAUCAGGUGUACAUCAGCUGCUCGGUCAUGAUGUGUGAAGCAGGGAACUCCAACACCAGGUGUUCCAAAGGUUGCAUUAGCUCUACGUCAACAAGCCCCCCGCGCCCCAAGAGAGAGGCUGUCAUCCAGAGUGCAAGUCACUUCGUUUCCCAGGGGCCAUUGCGCUUACGGAGAUCGGCAGAGAGCGUCAGAGCCACAGCGACCAACCUGAAUCUGAACCUGGUGUUCAUCGCUGGAUGUGUUCUUGCAGCCGUCGGCAUGGUCUGCGGAGUGGUCGUGUACAGAGCCAAAGUGUCAAAGGUCAAAUACCAACCUUUGCCAACAUUUGAGAGUUAAAUCAGCAGCGUGUGUGAAAUACUGAUUUAUAUUGAUCACUUCAGACUGUACCAAGUCUUCUUUCAUGGUUUUUGGUGGGGGUUUAUGUAUCUAAUCAGGUGCAAAUGUAAGCAGAUGGAUUUCAUAUCAACAUCCUUGUGAAUGUCUGCAGCUUUUUGUAAGAUUUAACUUUUAUUUUGAACAAAUCUGAAAGGUGUGUGGUGUUUACAGGCGGGAUCUCAUGUGGUUUUAUAACUGUUCAUUUGUGAUGUGUUACAAUAUGAGUUAAACAAGUGUUCUGAUUGAAAUGUGUGUUUUGCAAAGUCAUUCAGGGAAGUGUCAGAUGGUUGAGUGUGGUUGAUGUCGCUCUGAGUUGUAUAUGUACAUUAAAUAUCAAGUUGCAAACAUGUGACCUUCUGAUAAGAGUCAUCGCCAAACCUCAAUUUACAAACUGCAAAAUCCAAAUGUUAGUCACCUGGAGGAAUGAAGCAACAGCACGGGAUGCUCUUCUUCUUGGUCCAGGGAUGGUCACCAUGGUGAUUCAGGCUGCAGCUUCAUCAUCAUCAUCAUUGCUUCCUCUGACCAUUAUUUUCUCAAUUCAUGGAAAAUUCUCAUAUGUCAAGUUUUGUUUGAUCAACAGUCUAAAGCAGAGAUGUGUUUAUGUCACUGUCACCUUUGGGAAACUGGAACUGAAUCUUUUUUUUGGUGUUCGGCUUAAAAAUAAACAACAAAUACUAAUC